AUGGAUUCGGUAGAGGUUCGCCACUUUGCCGGCCGCGGCUUCGAGCGCCUCCGCUGCCUCGCGCUGCACGUGGUGCGGCCGGGCGCGGACACGUGCGUGGCCGCGCAGGUCCCGCAGGCCGCCGACGCCGGCGCGGCGCCGCCCUCGCCGCCGCCCGGACGGGCGGGGGUUUCGAGCGCAGACGCAGCUGCCGACGGCGCGGGCGCGACGCCGCCGCAGGACCCGCGGGCGCCCUCGGCGCUGCACUCGCAGCUGCACGCCGCGAUCCAGGACAUGCUGUUGCAGGAGCUGGAGCCGCAGCAGCAGGAACAGCAGCAGGAGCGGCAGCUGCUGCUGUCGCAGCUGCUGGACCAGCUGGCGUCGCAGGCGGCCCCCCAGCUGGAGCCGCACCAGCCUCGUAUGCAGGUUGCGGCGGCGCCCACUGUGGCGCGCGUCGGCCUCCUGGUUGCGCUCUGCCCGGCGCUGCGGCAGCUGUCCAUUGGCUGCGGCGGCCCCCAGGUGCUGCGCGCGAUCGAGGGGCACGCGACGCUGCAUCAUAUCGAGAUGCAUGGUGGCGCAGCACUCCCCACGCACGCGCCGCCCUCCCCGCAUGCAAUCGGCGGCUGUGAGGCCGCGGGCGCGGCCACGGCCGCGUUCACGGCCGUGCUGCCGCCGCACGGCAGCGCCGGCGCGUGGGAGCCGCUGCGCCGCGCGCCGCCGGCGCUGACGCGGCUUGCGCUGCUUGAUGCGGACGCCCUGCUGGGCGGCGCCGCCUCUCCCAUCGCGCCGCUGGUCGCGCUCGCAAACGGCGCCGCCCACCUCGCUGUUGCGCGCGGCGGCGGCGGUGGCGACGGCGGUAGCGGCGGCGGUGUGUCUGAGCUGCACCUGAUGCGCUACUCCUCGCUGACGGACGGCGGCCUCGCGGCCGCGGCGCCGCUGAUGGCGGGCGUCAGGGCGCUCGUGCUGGACGGCUGCCAGAAUCUCACUGACGCCGGCCUUAUCUGGGUUGCCGCCCUGCCCCUGCUGGAGUCACUGAUCCUCAGCCGCUGCCCCCUGAUCACCGACGCCGGCCUCGCACGCGCGCUCGCCGCGGCGCCGGCGCUGCGGCGCGCGUCGCUCGCGGGCUGCGGCGGCACGACAGCGGGUGGCGCCGCGGCGGCGGCGGGCACGGCGGGCGCUGCGCGGGGGCGGCGGGUCGAGAUUGACUGGGCGCGGGCCUGA